AUGACAGUUUCAGAAGCAGCUGGAGAGAAGAAUUUACAUGACCUGCAACCCAGGUUCAUUACCCAGCCUUAUCACAAUUCCAUCCCUCUCGAACUACUGCCUCGGUUCGACCCCGUCUACGUGGAACACUACAAUAAAUAUAAUGUCGGGCGAUUGCAUACUCACGAGGUGCCGAUCGAGGACUAUCGAAGAAACCCUGCGAAAUAUGUGAUUUCCUACGGGCGGGCAAGAGGUCCGGAUAUCUUUCGCAUCACCGAGCAGAAAUGUCCCGUAAAGGGAGGGGAGAUCACAGUGCGGAUAUUCGAACCCGCUCCGAUUCUGGAUGAACAAGGCAACCCCCAGAAAAGGGCAGCGUAUAUCAACUUCCAUGGCGGCGGCUGGGUGUUUGGUGAUCUAUCCGGCGACCAUGAUUUCUGCAAACGCAUUGUAGAUGGCCUGGAAGGACAUCUAGUGGCCUUUGAUGUUGAUUACCGGCUGGCACCCGAGCACAAGUAUCCGGUUGCCGUAGAGGAUGCCUGGGCGGCAUUCAACUGGAUCCGAACAGAAAAAGCACAAGAAUUCCAUAUCGACCCAGAUCGCAUGGCAGUCGGCGGUGUCUCUGCAGGAGGCCACCUGUCAGCCGUGCUUGCUCAUCUCUGCCGCGAUGCCAAUAUUCCAUUACGCUUGCAACUAUUGACCGUACCAGCGUGUGACUUACACAGUAUGUUCACACCCGACGGACGGUUCGACCGCGAGAACUGCCCGUAUGACUCGUAUCGAGAGAUGGAGUUCACGACAGCGCUCCCAGUAGCACGGAUGGAAUACUUUCACCGGCAGUUCCUUGGAAAUCCUCGACCUGGUAGAUCCGACGAGGACUGGAAGAUCUCGCCUAUGCUGGCCCCCAAUUUCGAGAAUUUAGCACCGGCGUUGGUUUUCACGGCAGAAAUGGAUCCCCUCAGAGACGAAGGUGAAGUCUAUGCUGCAAAACUGGAAGCAGCUGGCGUUCGCGUGGAUAUGACGCGUAUGGCUGGAGCACCUCAUAUUUUCCCCAUGUUGGAUGGGAUUCUGGAGUCGGGGCGGCUAUAUAACGGGAAGGUAAUCGCCACGUUGAGAAAGGAGCUUGCGGCCUAG